CGCGUCCGUCAGCAGAUAGGACGCCUUUGUUGGUUGCACCGGAGGAUCCAGAGGGUACCAUUUCCAGCGCUCCAUCGACGAAUCCCACGUCUUCGCCUACCCAAGCUCUCUUGUAUGAUCCACCGUCGGAAAGCGAUUGCGUGGCCAUGAAAAAUGGCCAACCAGUGGCCAAUCAGGACGAAUUGACAGCAUUUACUUUUGAAAUCACCAUAGGUGUGGCAUACUCAGUCAAUGUCGACUUCGAGAAUGUUUACUUGCCCGGUUUGUCACGGGCUAUCCAAGCGUUUUUAGGGCCGAUCCUUGCCCAAUGCCCCACGGCGACAAGACAACUUCAAGGCAACGACGAUGCUUCCACUAAAUAUGUGGUGGGCAAUGCAUUGGUGGAAACAAAUCUUGUGGAGGACAGUACUUGUGAGGAGGAUGAUGGAACCUCCGAUUGCUAUCGUAUUUCUGUUGAGGUCGACGUUUUUUUCAAAGGUAUGAUCCCAAAUGCAACACCCAGCAUCACUGGCUUCAUCUCGGAAGCCUUUCAAACUUCUGAAGCCCCGUUGGUAGAAACUCUGCAGCUGCCAGAUCCGUAUGUAUUUGUUGAAAUCGACUCAUUGUCUUCCCGGCAACAGACGAUGUUUCCAUCCGUAGGGCCUAGCUCAAACCCCAGCCAGGCACCAUCCAAACGAUCUACUCCAAGCCCCACCAAAGUGGCCUCUUCCAACCCGACAAGAGCACCUGUCACUACACCUACAACUGAAGAACCCACGGAAAAUCCAUCAGUGGCGCCCAUUUCGGGACCGACAUUGGCUCCCACACCCGGCCCCACACCCGGCCCCACACCUGGCCCCACGCCUCUUCCUACUCUUGGCCCCACUCCCUUGCCAGAAACGAUGGAACCAACCAUGAUGGAUUCCCAGUCUCCCACGCAAGUCGCCAGCAAUGGCCCUUCCGUCCAACCAUCGAGCGAUCCAUCAAAUCUACCCACCUCCAGUCCUUCGAGUAGUCCGACACCACUGCUCACCGCCUCUCCAACUAGUGGUCCAACCUUGGGCCCUACCGCUUGGACCAUUCCAAUUACGUUUGCGCCCCAAACCACCUACAACAAAAAAGGUGGCGACGGUCGAGAAGACUCCUGCUUCUACAGCUCUGGUUGUCACUCGCAAUCUUGUCCCAGCUUAGAUCCGGCACUCAUCACAGACUUUACGUAUUACACGAAUUCGCGAGCUGUGCCAAUUGAGGGGUUUGAUAUUGAUACCAACCCAGUGUGGUACCUGGAGCAAAUGCUCAGUGGGUCAGAUUGUGCCAGCAACAGCGCUUCGACAGCAUGCUUCGAUGAUCCCUUCAAGGGCGGUUUGCCGUGGAUCUGA